AUGCAUCCAUCCGUCCUACUUAAACACCGUCUCCCUCGUAUCCAUCCUCACUCCAACAACUCUCCUCCCCUCCCAAUACUACAAAAAGCCAUGCUAUCCAUUCUCCUCCUCGCCAUCCUUCCCAUCAUCUACCUCAUCCACAAAUACUUCACCGAUCCUCUCUCUCGCAUUCCCCCUGCCCACCCCCUCUCCCCAUACACCACCAAAUGGAUAACCCACCACCGCGACCGCACCACAGAAGUAAAAGCCAUCUACACCGCCCACCGCGCCCGUGGGCCUAUAAUCCGCCUUUCGCCCACUGAACUCAACGUCAAUUCGCUUGAAGGGCUGCGGGCGAUCUAUACGCAGGGCGCGUUCGAAAAACAUGCGUUUUACGCUGAUACAUUCAUGAACUUUCAAACGCCGAAUAUGGUGGGUAUGCUGGAGAAUAAACCGCACGGGGAGCAGAAGAGAUUGUUGAGUGGCGUUUAUGCCAAGAGUUACCUGCUCAGGUCGAGUGAUGUCAAGGUUUUGGGGCGGGAGAUGGUGGUCGGGAGGUUGGGUGAAUUCUUGAGGGGAGUCGUUGCGAAGGGUGCAGUGAUCAAUGUGUUGCCUGUUUUUCAGGCUGUGGGGAUGGAUUUUACCUCUGGGUUUGUGUUUGGGAUGCAGAAUGGGACGAGGUUUCUGGAGGAUUUGACUUCUUGGGGAGUGUGGUUAGGGCAGUAUGAGGCUUUCAAGAGCAUGAGUAGGGAAGAGAGGUUUAUGGGGUUUGUGGAGAGGUGGUGUUUGGGGUUGUGCGAGGGGGUUGGUCUUUCGAAGCAGAGUGGAGGCCCGGUGACGCAGGCUGUGGUUUAUGAUCGACUUAGGGAGGGGUUGGAAGAAAAGAAGAAGGUAUCUGGAGAGGAUGUGGACGUGAAUCUAGCCGUUGCAUCAGAGGUGUUGGAUCAUUUGGUGGCUGGGCAUGAGACGACUGGUAUUACAAUCACAUAUAUCAUGUGGGAGUUGUCAAAGAGGCCAGAGCUGCAGACGAGGUUGAGAAAAGAACUGGCCAGUUUGCCUGGGUCGUUGAGGUAUACAGAGGGAAUGGAAAAGGGACUGCCUUCUUUGGCAGACAUCGAUGCACUUCCAUUUCUGGAUGCAAUCGUCCGGGAAACUCUUCGACUCCACGCACCGGCUCCGGCACCAUUACCCCGCGUGACUCCUCCAGAGGGGACAUGGAUACAUGGGUAUUAUAUACCUGGCGGGGUGCAGGUCAGUUCUUCUGCAUACUCACUGCACCGGAUAGAAGAGGUAUUUCCAUCCCCGGAGGAGUGGAUUCCCUGGCGUUGGAUGGAUGUGAAGGAUGACAAGAUCCAUGAUAUGCGACGCUUGUUUUAUCCAUUUGGAACCGGAGGACGAAUGUGUCUGGGGAGCAACUUUGCAUUGCUGGAGAUUAAGCUAGUUAUCGCUAUGGUAUAUGCCAAUUUCGCGCCCGAGGUUGUGGAUGAUGAGGGAAUCGGGCAGCACUUGGAGUUUAUUGCGUUGCCAAAGGGGAGAAAAUUAAUGGUGCGGUUCGUUCCAGUUGAGGGCCACCCUCAUUGA